AAUUAAAAAAAAAAAAAAAAAAGGUCUUAGAGAGAGAGAGAGAGAGAGAUAGAUGAACUUGAAUUGGAAAUCUCUCUCCAGAAAAGCCACAAGAGAAGAAGCAAAUCCACAGACCCUUAAGCAGUAAAAAGCCUACCUUUUUUCUCUUUUUUCUUGUAUAAUUUCAACUGUUUAUUAUUGUUUUGGUCGUUUUUGGAUCUCCAAUUUGGUUUUUUGAGUACCCUUUUUGGGUAUUAUUUGGGGGAAUUAAGGGUUUCAUAUAUAAAAAGAAAAAAAGUUGGGUUUUAUUUGGAGAUUUGAGUGAAAUUUAGGGGUGAAAAGAGGGAAGAAAAAUGGGAAGAGGGAAGAUAGUGAUAAGAAGAAUAGACAAUUCAACAAGCAGGCAAGUAACUUUUUCAAAGAGAAGAAGUGGAUUAUUGAAAAAAGCUAGAGAGCUUUCAAUUCUUUGUGAUGCUGAAGUUGGAUUGAUCAUUUUUUCAAGUACUGGCAAACUCUAUGAUUAUUCCAGUUCCAGCAUAAGGUCGAUUACUGAUCGCUACAACAAGAUGAAAGAGGAGCAAAAUCAGCUGAUGAACUCUGUUUCAGAACUCCAGUUUUGGAAAAGAGAGGCAGCUGCUUUGAAGCAACAGCUGCAUUACAUGCAAGAAUGUCACAGACACCUGAUGGGUGAGGAACUAUCUGGCCUGAGUGUCAAAGAUCUACAAAAUCUGGAAAGCCAGUUGGAAAUGAGUUUGAAAGGUGUCCGUGUGAAGAAGGAAAAGAUUUUAAGUGAUGAAAUUACUGAACUAAGACAGAAGGGGAAUCAUAUGCAUCAAGAAAAUGUGGAACUCUACAAGAAAUUAGAUAUGAUUCGUAAGGAAAAUGCAGAACUGCAAAUGAAGGCCUAUGGACCAAUGGAAGUGGAUAAAACGAGCAGUAGCUCAGUUCAUCAAUUCACUAUCACCAAUAGAUACAGUAUGCCUGCUCCCGUCCAUCUACAGCUAAGACAGCCACAACCACAAAACAAUGAAACACCAGUACCAGGGAUAAAGCUGGGGUAUGUUCAAGCAAUCUGUAUUUAUGACAUGAAAUAAAUUCCCUAUCAAAUUCAUCUGAAUAUCAAUCUAUACUACUCAACUUUUACUCCCAAGCCAUACUGAAAUAGAUAUAAUUGAAACUUGCAACAGAUUGCAACUGCAAUAACAGCAGUUAGAUCAUGGAUGAUUUAUCCAUGGUCAUUUCAUCAACUUGUCAUACAGUACGGUCAUGUUCAACAUGAAGGUGUCUCCUGCUUCAGUCACUAGUGCAUUAAUGUCACCAGAUCCAUCACAUUUGGUAUGCAAUGUUCUUCAAACUCUAUAUAUGAGAUAAAUUUAGCAGCAAGACCAGCUACAUAAGUAAGUUUACCAAUAAUGACAAUGCAUCAUAUGUACCAUGUGUUGUUCUAGCUGUUUUUAACGUUUGUUGUGUUAAGUAAUUGACCAGACUCUAAAGUUGUGAUGCCAAUUAGUUGAAUGAAAGUUAAUGUUCAUCCAAUCUUAUAUAUGGCAGUACCAAGCUGGUAGACACUUGAUCGCAUAUGAGAUGCCUGCAGUGUGGGCUUCCUUUUGUUGAGUUGCCAAAAUUAACCAUAUUAAAUAAUCCCUUAUCCUAAAAGAGUGAGCUGUUUUGGGAUUAAAAUAACCAUUCAUAUACGUCACUAACACUCCACUUGUGUGUAUUCUCAAACUUAACUUGGAUGAUUAAUGAAUGAGAUCACCAAUGUAAAGCAGCUGUUAGACUAUGAAAUUUUAAACCAGUAAAGGAAUUUAAAACUAAAGGUUUCUCUCCAUUCACUUUUAUAAUCACCAAUCCUUAAAACUUGAGUUGUUAGCUUAUGAUUAUUUUGUUUAAAUACUUCAAGCACUCUGCAAUAUCUGCCCUGUCAUACCCAACUUCAAUUCAUAAUAUAUAGAAAUGUCAAUCUAUGACUAAUCCUUGAAUUGAUUUUCUUUUUCUAUUUAAGGUGUUUCAAAUAUGGCUAGAAUGGUUCAUUGAGAACCAAAAAUCUAUGAUAGUAACUAGAAAGUGUUGCUGGAGUAGCCAGUUUGCAAUUUCCAAAAGAAAGGGGCACUUCUCCAUUUCUUCUUUGUAUUUUGUAAUUUGGAUAUGUUAUAUACUUUUUCCACAAUUAUAUUACGCUCUCAGGUUAUGUUUACUUGUUUACGCUGGUGGUGGUAUUCAAUCUCCUUUCAAUAUCCCAAAGUUGGUUUGUAUGGAAAAAGAAAUUUUAUUCCUCCAGCUCCAUGGCAAUGUGAAACCCAAAGGACCUCUGACUUUCCACAGACAGGAAUAGGCAUCAUUUCAACUAACUUAAACCAAUUUUUAGGAUACAACUAAACUUUGUAAUCCUAUAUCUUCGCAAUAUAAAUGUAUAUCUUUGUGCACAUAGGGGCGAGAAACAAGGUCCUUUUGGCUAAAUGGCCUUGUGAUUCCAUCAUGAAUCUGACAUCUUAUGGCCCAAGGUCAAUGUGGCAAGUAUGACCCUCACCCUUUUGAAUAGACCGUUGGUAGGGUUAAAGCACUUCCAGAAACCCAUGAAACUUCUCUCUUUUUUCUAUCCCAAUUUGUUCUGCAUGUGGUGGGAGAUGGGAGGAAUGCUUACUUUUGGGAGAAUAAGUGAACGAGGGUAGAACCAUUUGUUCCUUAUCCCCAAUUUAUAUUUGUUGUCCAUUUUGAGAAAUCAUUUGAUGGCUUUGAUCCCCUCUCGCUCUGAGAACCUGCCUUCUUCUUGGGAGUUCUGUCACCUGUUGACAUUUAAGGAAACAACAGAUAUUUUGCUCUAUUAUCUUUGCUUGGCAACUUUCGCUUUAGCCCUGGUAGGAUGGAUAUUUGCCUUUCAAGUCCCUGUCUACCAGGCUUCUCCUCCAAUCCUUUAUUUCAAUGUUCGGUUAGUUCCUCCUCCUCAAGUGAUUCUAUUUUUUCCUUUGUUCGAAAGAUGAAAAUUCUCAGGAAGGCUAAGUUCUUCAAAUGACAAGCUAUGCAUGAAAGAGUUAACACCUUGGAACAGAUCUCAGCUAGGAAGACCAUUUUGGUCGGUUGUCUUUGUUGUAUUAUUUGCAGGAGGGCACAAUAUAGGACCUUGAUCAUAACGUCUGAAGAUGUGAUUUUUCUAAUGCUAUUUGGAGAUGUUUUUGUGAGGUGUUCAAUUUUUACUUAGCUCUCAUUGUGUAGGAAGACAAUCAAGGAGUUUCUUCUCUAUUCGCAUUUUCAUGAGAAAAUAUUAUUCUCGUGGUAGGUCAGGUGUGCUAUUUUGUGGGAUCUAUGGAGUGAGGGAAAUAAUAAAAUCUUUAGAGACAGGUCUUACAGUGAAUGCUUGGUCCCUUGUUAGAUUUAGAUUCUAUGUUUCUAUUUGGGCUUCAGUGACAUGGCCACUUUGUAAUUACCCUAUUGAUCUUAUGUUACUUGAGUUAAGUCCAUUAUUGUAGUUUGGCUCCCUUUGGGAGAUUUAUUUUUAUAAAUCUGUGAAUUCUUUCAUUUUUCUCAUGAAAGUUUGGUUAUUCAUCAAUAAAUAAAUAAACAAAUAAUAUAUUUAUACAUGCAAAAGAAUAUACAUAUGCAUGAUAUAAUUAGUAUAAAGUAGAAGUCAGAAGUAAUAGACAUAAGGCUAAGUGGAUUGAAAGAAUGUAUAGCAUACC